AUGGAAGAUAUGUGGGAUGAAAAGAGUGAAAAAGACAUUCUGAUAGCACUGACAAUGCAAAUGAGAGACAUGAAGGAUAUGCUCACGCAGGAAAAUAAAGAAAUUAAAAGUGAAGUGCAACAGCUGAAAGAGGAAUUGCGUGCCGAAAGAGAGAGAAAUGUCUUAAGAGAAAGGGAUCUAGAAAAGAAAAUAGAGGGAAAGCUAAAAAAUUUUGAGAAGAAAUUAUCGGGAAGCGAGCAAGCAAAUAAAAUCAAAACAAUAGAAGCUAGACUUAGUAAGAUCGAGGAAGGCAAUCAGAAGAAUAUACCGAGAACAAGCGAAAAUACAGAUGAAUUGAGGAAACAAGUAAAGGAAAUGGAAAUCAUGAUGGAGAAAAAGGACAGAGAAGAAAGAAAGAAUAAUAUUAUUAUAAAAGGCUUGAAUGUAGGAAGGGAAAGAAGAGGCCUGGAAAAGAAAGUAGAAGAAUUUGUGAAAGAGCGGCUGGGAGUAGAGGCGAAGGUGGAAAGAGCAAGAUUAGUAGGAGGAGAAAAAAUAAUACAGGCAAAAAUAAAGGAUCAAGAAAAUAAAAGGAAAAUAAUGGGAAGUAAAAGCCGACUGGGAAGAGAAGAAAUCUACAUUGAAAACGACAGAACGGUAAAAGCAAGGGAAAUACAAAGGAAGAUUGUAAAGAUGGCAAAAGAACAGAGAACGCAAGGAAAGGAAGUGGUAGUUAGAUAUUGGAAGUUAAAAAUAGAAGAUAAAUGGUACAGAUGGAAUGAAACCAAAGCAGAGUUAGAAUUGCAGACGUUUUUCCAAGCGGAGGCCGACGAAAGAGGCGAAGAGGACGGCACGAGAAUGGAGAAAAAUAGAGAUUUCUGGGACUACGUGAAAAAGUUUGACAUAGUCAACCUCACAGAAACCUGGAUAGAAGAGAAAGGGUGGAAGAAGAUAGAGCAUCUGCUGCCAACGGACUUUAACUGGGAAAUACAAUAUGCAAAGAGAGAUAAAAAGAAGGGCAGAGGAUCUGGAGGCAUGAUAACCGGAAUAAGGAAAGCAAUAAAAAAAGAAAGCGUACAAAAGGACAGCCAAGGGAUAAUCAGCUGUAAUGUGCAAAUCGGGAAGGAAAAAUGGAGGAUUAUAUCAAUAUACAACAGGGAGGGAAAGAAAGCUCUCUUAGAAGAGAUGGAGGAAUUAACAGAAAAUAAAGGUCACAGGAAAACAAUAAUAGGUGGUGACUUCAACGCCCAAACAGCCGAAAAAGGCGGAAUUUUGUGGAAUGGAGAAGAAGAGGAUAGAAUAAGGAAGUCAAAGGAUAAAACUGAAAACAGACAGGGAGCUGAACUUAUAGAGACAGUAGAAAAAAUGGGACUUGGAUUACUGAAUGGAACUAUGGAGGGUGACGAGCAAGGAGAAUGGACGUUUGCGGGAACACUAGGAAGCUUGGUAACAGAUUAUGCAAUUUGCAACGCAGAAGCUUGGGACGUAAUAGAAGAAUUCAAAGUAGGAGAAAGAACCGAAUCAAACCACAUGCCGUUGGAAUUAAUACUACAGACAACCGCAGAAGUGGAAUUAGAACAAGAAACCGAGAAAAAGGAAGAGAAAGAGAUAGAAGACUGGUCAGAAGAGGGAAAGUACAUAAAGAAGGAGAGAGGAGGAAGAGAGAAGCCGGAUAAUAGCAUCGGAGAAGAACAAUGGAAAAGACACUUUAUGGAAUUACUAGAGGAAAGAGAUACAAGAAAGAAAAACAAAGAACCAAAAGAGCAGCAAGAGGAAGUAUUAAAAGGAAGUAUAGAGGAAAGUACGGAUGAUACAACAGAGGAGGAAGUAGGCAGAGCAAUAGCGAGAUUAAAGAAGAAGAAAGCAGCGGGAGAAGACGACGUAAAGGCGGCUUUCGACAAGGUAGAUAGGGAGUUGCUAUGGAAGAACAUGAAAGAACAAGGAAUUAGUGAAAGACUAAUAAAAAGACUAAAAGAUUCAUACAAGGAGACUACGACUAGAGUGAUAUCAGGAAACAAGGAGGAAUUCUUGAAGAAGAGACAAGUCGGAGGAAUGGUAAUCGGCAGAAUAAAAAUAUUUAUACUCGCAUAUGCAGACGACCUGGCAAUGAUGGCGGAGUCUGAGAAGGACAUGAAGAGAAUGUUGAGAACUCUCGAAAAAUAUCUCGAAGAAAAGAGAUUAACCCUAUAA